AUGGCGAAGCUGAGGUGGAUGAGCACCAAGGUCAUGAUAACAUACAAGAGGAAGCGUUCUGCCUCACAUGCCCAUACAGAAGACGACACAGUUCUUGAUUCAUCUCCUGCUGCCUCCAGCAAUGUAGCUGCCAGCAGUUUACAACUUAAGUCUGAUGGCCCUGCUGAGACCGCCGUGGUAAAUGAAGAUAAUCAUAUUACUCCUAAAAAGCAGCAGCAUCUCUCCAUGUUGCAACAAAACAUCAAAGAAGAAUGUGAACCAGAGAAAGGACAGGAUCAGCUAUAUGAAUCAUUACCACAGAAAGGGCAACCUGAGAUUUGUUGUGCCACCAUUGCCUCAACCACAGAGGCACAUAGCAAUAAAUCACAAUGCAUUGAUGAUGCAAAGAAUCAAAUUCCUGUUUCAAGUUCUGUGUGUGAUCUCAUGCUUGCUGACGGGACGAUUAAUCAGAUAAAAGAUUCAAAUAUCUCUGCCCCUGUGGAAAUAAAUUCACCUACAGGGACGGAGAUUGCUGUCGUCCCUGGCCAAUGUAGGAAAAGGUUUAGUCCUCUGCUCACCUUUCGCAGGCGAGUUAAGAAGAAAACUAAUUUGAAUGAACCAGCAGAGGAAAUUUGUUCACCGGACAACGACAAACAGUGUUCAACACUGACAUGCAGCUCACCACAAUCAUCACUGAACGCUACACCAUUGCUCAAACAUACUGCUCCAAACCCUUUGGAUAUUGAGGAUAAGGUAGCUACAUUAAGAAAUACUGGACCUUCUACACAAGCUGAACAGUCACCUGAACAAGAAAGUUUGCACAUCGUAAAAUCCUCAGUUCAACAUGUGGUUCCACAGAUUACUCAAGACGUAAACCAAAACAUGAUUUUGGAAGAUGAUGUAACACCAGUGUUGAACCAAAAGAUGACCCUGGAAGAUGAUGUUACACCAAUGUCGAAGUUCACUGGUGUGCAAGAGAUCAGUGGGCAAGAUACGCGAAUGGAGGACUCGAACGGAACAUCACCGAAUACUAUUGAAGUUCCAAAAGUUAUUGAUGUGCAGGGCAGACAUUGUACUGGGGAAACUACUUCCCGGCAGUCUCCAAGACAAAAACUAGAUGUCAGUUGGUUGAAACCAACCAAUAAAUCUGUGGUAGAAGAUAUUCCAGAAUCUCAAGGUUCAACAAAAAAUGUUCCAAUAAUUGUCUUGGAUGAUGAUAAUGAUGAGAGAGGCAAGGAGCUGGAAAAUUCAGAGGCUCUUGAUCAAGGCCUCCAUAAUCAAAAUAAAAGAACUUCUUUCGGGAAGAUCGACCUGAACUGUACUGAAUUAAGACAACAGGAACUUCCCUGUUUGGAUGACUCAACAGUUCAAAGGCUGCCAGAUCAGGAUCUAAUUGUUAAUGCUCGAAAGCAAAUGUCUCAACCAAUUGAAAGGUUGUUUUUCACAAAGGAGAAAGAUACUAUCCGUGGCAAACAACAGCAGCAUGAAGAAAGCUCAACCAUGCAUACCUCAUACUCAAAUUUCUUUGAUCUGGGUCCACCAUGGAACACUGGGAGUUUGAAGGGACCAAAAAGCUUGCCUUCAGAACUCAAGUUCAGAAUAAUGGACAGGGCUCCUGAAUUCAGUUUAGACCUCAGCCUGGACAGUUUCACAGACAAUAGUGUGGCUGCCCUGAGGAGCGAUAAAUUGUUUCUUGGAGGCACCUCCCGCACAUCUCAUAAGUUAACCGAAAAGCUUGGCACAUACUCCUACAAGAGGCAGUUGGCUCCAUGGUCAGAAGAAGAGUUGGAUUUUCUUUGGAUCGGAGUUAGGAGGUAUGGCGUUAAUAAUUGGAAUGCAAUGUUGAGGGAUACUCGACUACGGUUUUCAAACUCAAGAAUGCCUGAGGAUCUUGCUAAGCAAUGGGACAAGGAGCAGAAGAAGCUUGUGGCAUCUGCUCUGGGUCCUGUGCCACCUCUUCAUAUGGGCGAAGAUUAUCUUGGUAGAGCUUCAUGCUCUGGAUGCUCAAAGUCUGCAUUUCUUGGGGCCCAAACGGACCUUUCAUUGGGCGACGUCUACUUUCGCAAUGCCCGUGCUUCAGAGAGAGGUCAGCAUCAUUCAUCAAGCCUGGGUUGGCUUAACUUUCAUGGAAUUGAUGGUGGGCCUAGAAAUAUGUCCCUGGGAGGCUUCCCUGGGGCUUCUUCCUCAUAUGGAAGAAGUGGCAGCAGGCGCAGAAGGGCAUCCAAGCUCCAUAAGUCAUACUACGAGAACAAGUCACCUUGGUUCCAAGAACCAUCAGACAGGGUGCCCCAGCUCCUUCUCACCAACCAGCAACCAAUCAACAGCCUUCCCCAGUGGCUUACAAAGGAUGCCGAAACUGGCACCAGUCGAAUCAACCCUGAGAUGUGGCCGAGCAUGGUGCCAGCACCAGGGCGUUCAGCCGCAGAUCCACCAAGGGGAGGCUCCUCUCUCUUUUGUGACGACGUGAUGCCCCAUGUCCUCCCUGGAGCUUCCCUGAAGCGCGCGAUGAGGAGGAAUGCGGAUUGGCGGUCGUUCAGCAAGAGGCUGUUCCUGUCUGGUGAGGCAUUGGAUCUGAACUGUGGGGCUAAAGGCACCACAGCACCCAACGGUGCCAUCCCGAGCGACACCGGCGCGUCAUCCGAAGAGACGGUGUCUGACAGCUGA